AUGGGGGGACUUUCUUUUCUGUUUAUCCGCCCAAGUUGGAGAUUGAAUGAACAUGCAUUUUGUUCUGAUACCAUGAUGACCACCAAACGAAAUGACGUUACUUCUAAAUAUAACCGGAAUCGAGGAGAGUUUGCGUAUAUCUCGUGCACCUUGCUCCACCGCGGUGAUGGUCGAGUGUCGUCCGCUCCUGGCGAAACGGAGAUGGCCAGAUCUCUUCUGCUGGUUUGCCUCCUUUGGCCGCCCAAGACCCGCAGUAACCUCUGCUUUGUCAAAGCCAAAAUUUUGGAGCGCCAGCCAUUCGGGUUCAGCACUUCACCGCUUUUCCUGUCAGAGUCAGACCUCUCCCCCUUUAGUCUCAUCCUUAGUCUCUACCACAGAAACCCAGAGCCCAAAAUGGACUAG